CGAAGUCUGUUCCACCUUCAUGUAGUGUUUCCCCUCAUGUAACUUGCAGUUAGGGUUUAGGUAGGAGUUAAGAUUAGGGUUAGCGGAGAUAACUGGUUGCGCUUUGGGUACGGUUAAGCAAACACAUCACAGCAAAGGCGAGUGGUUGGCGUUAGGGAUAAAGUUAGGUUCAGGUUAAGUUGAGGGUAAACACAUACCGACUGUGAAACGAACUUCGAUUCAGCACCGACUUGGUGACUGUCAGUCAGAGCAGCCGAGCUGUUGAUCCCGGUUUAAGUUAGCCUGACCGCUAACCAACGGCUAACGUUAGCACCUGAAGAAGGAGCUGAUGUCAGUACUCUCUCUGCGGUCCAAACAUCAUGCUUCCCCAGGCAGGUAAAGAGUUUCUGGUUCGGAUCCAGUUCUUCUGGCGGCCCUUUUUCCAGGGCCGGUACCUGCUGCUCACCAACACCCUCAGUGGAGGAGGCAUGCUGGCGCUGGGAGACUUCCUGCAGCAGAGCCGGGAGACCCGCAGAGAGCCAGGCAGAGUCCGAGACUGGAGAAGGACAGGUCGCAUGUUUAUGGUGGGCUGCUCCAUGGGUCCACUGCUGCACUACUGGUACUCCUGGCUGGACAGGGUCUACGUGGGCAAAGCUAUGCACACAGUCGGCAAGAAGGUUCUGGUGGACCAGCUGAUCGCCUCACCAUCAAUCGGGCUGUGGUAUUUUUUAGGUAUGGGUCUUAUGGAGGGACAGACUUUAUCCGAAGGAUGGGAGGAGUUCAAAGACAAGUUCUGGGAAUUUUAUAAGGCGGACUGGUGUGUUUGGCCUGCUGCUCAGAUGAUCAACUUCUACUUCCUCUCCCCCAAAUUCCGUGUCCUGUACAUCAACGUUAUCACCUUAGGGUGGGACACUUACCUCUCCUACCUCAAACACAGAGAUGACAGCCAGCAUGCUGACCUGGUGUCAGACAGCAGUGCUGUGGAUGUACAGCAGGAAGUGUCCAAACCGCUGGAGGAGAAAACUUAGAGAUGGAGUUCAUGUUCAGCUGCAAGGUCAUUCACCAGAAGCAAAAGAACAUUUAGCUGUUUUUAUCUGUUAAAACAUCUUUUCCUCCUUUGUUAAAUGCUGUGAGGCCACUGUGUGCAUGACAGUUGGUGUUACUCUGAUGGUCUUUCCUCCGACAAACCAUUCUGCUCUCAAGUUUAAAUGGACCAUGUGUUUGUCUUGAAUCAGGAGAUGUGGAUGCUGAAGUGCUGGGACACUUCUCCUUCAUGUCACUAGAGUUUUAAUGUGUCUCUGUCCAGUUUCUUCUUUUUAUUUGUGAAUGAUUUGCACUCCUGCAGGAGCAUUCAGGGAUCAAAAGCUGUUUCACUGCCCUUAGCCACUGCACUUGAAUCCAGUUUCCAGUUGCUGAGAGUGAUUGUAAUGGGAAGCUCAUAACAUUAUCAUCAUCAUUAUCAUCUUUGUGUUGUUGCAACCAAAGCUUUAAACUGCCCAAAACCUAACAGAGUGGCAUUCCUUUUAUUUCUGUGCCAUUUUAUGUUUCUGGUUUGACAUGGAAUAAUCAUUAUUUAAGUGAAACAGCUUCACUGAACAGCUGCUGUUUUUUUUUAAUGCCAACUUACAUUAACUCGUAUAAACUUUGCCUUAAUAUUUAGUCCAGUACUAUAUACCAAAUAAUCUCCACCUGGUCUUCAGUUUAUCUCUUUGAGGUUCCUGUAAAAUGAUGCAUGAUUGUGAAACUAAAGUGAUUAUUGUUAAAUAUACA